AUGGGCGACCUUCCUACCACCUUCGAUCAGCCCGUCCACAUUGGCGUCAUUGGCGGCACCGGCCUUGCCCAGCUCGAGGGCUACGAGCCCAUUGCCCUCGUCAACCCCGUCACGCCCUGGGGAACGCCCGCCUCGCCCAUCUCCAUCCUCUCUCACAACGGCGUCAACAUCGCCUUCCUUGCCCGCCACGGCCUGCAUCACCAAUAUGCGCCUCACGAGGUCCCCAACCGCGCCAACAUCGCUGCUCUCCGCCACCUCGGUGUCCGAUGCGUCAUCGCCUUCUCUGCCGUCGGCUCUCUGCAGGAGGAGAUCAAGCCCAUGGACUUUGUCGUCCCUGACCAGGUCAUCGAUCGCACCAAGGGCAUCCGGCCGUUUACCUUCUUCGAGGGCGGUGUUGUAGGCCAUGUUGGCUUUGCGGACCCCUUUGACAAGAAACUGGCGGAUAUUGUCAAGACCUGCGCGGCCCACAUGAAGGGCGAUGGCGUGGUGCUCCAUGACAAGGGCACCAUCAUCUGCAUGGAGGGACCCCAAUUCUCCACCCGUGCCGAAUCCCACAUGUACCGAUCCUGGGGCGGCUCUGUCAUCAACAUGUCUGCUCUUCCGGAGGCCAAGCUUGCGCGUGAAGCCGAGCUGUCCUACCAGAUGAUCUGCAUGGCUACCGACUACGACUGCUGGCACUCAUACGAGGACGUCAACGUCGAGAUGGUCAUCAAGUACAUGCAGGCCAACAGCCAGAACGCCAAGCGACUUGUCGGCGGCGUUCUGGACCAGCUCUCCAAGCUCGACCACAGCGAUCUUGUUCUUGCCAAACACUGGGAGGGAGCGUCCCAGGGAUCAGUCAAGUUCAUGACCAAACCCGCCGGCAGAAACCCCGAGACUAUGAAAAAGAUUGAGUACCUGUUCCCUGGAUUCUGGGAUAACUAG